AUGCAGGCGACCGCAACAGCUGCCAUCAGGACUUCGCUCGUCGAGCAGAAGCGCAUUCAGUGGGCCAGGGAGAGAGAAGAAAUGUCGAGACUCACGGGAAACUGCAACCCGAGCAGGAACAAAGACGCGGUCCGCAGUACGAUUCGUACUUACCCGAAUGGCCAUAGAACCUCGCUGUCGGAGAUGAAUGGCAAGCGCCACCAUCAGCAACAUCCCAAAUAUGCGAGCACGAUAAGCUUGCGUAGUUUGGGAUCCGACGCCGGCAACUCCUGCCUCGGCUACAACAAUGGCCACGAUCUCACCACCAGCGCGAGCCUCAUUAAUCUUCAGGAUUAUCAAGAACUCGAACGCGUCUCGCGUCAAAGGAGCCCCAGUUUGCCGCCUAUUGUUCACGCCAGGGAUGAGUAUCGCUAUCAGACUCAAGAGGCUAACGCGCCGCACGGCCGGCAGUCGAGGCACAGGUGUACGACCCGUAACUCCAGGUCGCGGCGCAAGAGCGACAACGCCACCGACUUGGACCUGCCCGAGGGCGAGACCAGCGGCUACGCGAGCGACAACCUCGACGCGGCCGCGAUACAACGGCACCACCAGCAGCACAAACAACAGGCUGUUACUUUGCUGCCUUGUCAUGUAAACUGCAGAAACCCGGACUCGGCGAUGGGAGAGAGGACGUGGCAGAAUCCGUAUUGUUACGAGGACGAGAACUCGCUGCCGUCGACGCGGAAGUUGGCGAGCCUGAAAGCCGGGGAGUUCAACAGGCAGCGGUGGGGUAGCGUUUGGGGCCAGGAAACGUCAAAAGACCCACCGCCGCCUUCUUGGUUGGAGCGAGGGUUAUCGCGGCUCGAUCACAGCUCGCAAGUUUUGGUGAUAAAUCACGACAGCGCCAGCAGCCCGGAAAGCUCGACCACCGGAUCCCUCAGCUCGGACACUAACAAGCGGUACUUGCGAGGCCAGAAUGUGCCGAUCGACGCCGACAUCCUGCAAGAGCGCGAGCUCAGGCGGCAGAAGGCUCUGGAGCUUCAAAGCGCGAUAAAGCAGCAACUCGCGGAACGAGAGGAAAAGAGGAUCGAGGAGAGGGAGAGGAAAGCUAGGGAAGAACGAGCCGAGGAGGAGAGGAUCAAAAGGGAGAUGGACAUCGAGAAGCAAAGGCUCGAUGAGGAACAGCGACGGCAGCGCGAGAGGGAAGCAGCCAAGCAAAAGAAGAACAAAGCGAUGCAGGAUAUGUUGGAGGCAGCCGAGCGCCAGUCGAAGGAAGACCGACAGCAGCGCCGGCAUCGCACGUCUGACGAGCAGCAACACGCUUCCGAGAUCGUGAAGUCGGAUGACAAUAGAAACGCCGUUGCUGUCGAUAAGGAGACCAAACAGGCGUCCAACCGACAUGAAUCCAUGGACACUCGCGAAAACAAAUCAGAUCCAGCAGAGGUCGUGCGACUUCCAGUCAGCCAGGAGGUAGCGAUAGUCCUGAGUGCCAGGAUCGAAGAUACGGGAUUGCUGUCCAAGUCGCCGCUAAAACUAGUGAAUCUCGUCGUGAGUCCGACGUCACCGCGUGCCAGUAGCAACGGCCAAAGGAGCGAUUUGGCUUCUAGUCUGAACGCACUUUUAGCCGGUGGUUUCGGCAGUCCAAUCGUGUUGAGGACGGCAUCGCCCAAGAUGAAUGCAAACCGACUGCUCACCCCAAGCAAGUAUCGACUGCCCGCAGGAGUAGACUGCGGUACUCAGACUGACUGCGAGGAUGACUUUUUGAAGGAUUCCGCGGAAAAGUUGCACGAGUCGACCAAAACGAAGGAGACCAAGGAGCGCAAGGAGGCCAUCAACCAAAGCCGCCAGGAUGUCGAAAAAUCAACAAACACGGACAUGGAGCAAACGUCAAAGCCACUGGGACGCGGGAAGCAGCAACAGACCCGACAGAGCUUGGAAUCGCGGCCUCGCUGGAACGCAAAUCGUCCAGGUACUCGCUAUCGGACUCAGAGCGAGAAGGACCCGCAUUAUCAGAGACGCAUGAGGCUCAGGAGAAGACAACUGGAUACCAGCGAUGAGGGAUCGAGCGACUUUCGCAGAUCGCCUUCACCGGGUCGACGCAAAUACGGGAUUACAAAGGCAAAGUCUCGGAACUCGAUCAGGCGCGUAUCGAAACCCGACAACUAUGACGCAGACGCAUCAAUGGACAGUUUGAAUUCACUUGUUCCACUGCACACGGAUAAAAAUGGUCGCAUCAGCAUCGAAAGGCCCGACGAGCUUUUACGCAGGAACAACAAUGUUUGGCACGGGGAGAACAUUUUGACUCAUCUGAACUCCCUCAGAAACAGUCUCAUCAUGAAAAAGAAAGAGUGGGAUCUUCAGGAGUGUCCAAUCACGCCGUUAAACGAUUUAUACUAA